AGGAUGCAGUCUGAGCAGAAAAGCAAAAGAAGAUCGUAAAAGAAAAGAGUUAACCACCCCUCCCCGGACCAGAAGAGUAGGGAGGAUAGAUAUUGCACAGAGUAAUGAUGUCCCAAGGCCAAGGCCUAAGGUUAAUUUCCUACCAAAGUCGACCCAUCGUCUCACACCCAUUUCUAUUAACUCUCAAACCUUCCCGGUCAUGGAAUCAUUUCUCCUUCAAAACACCUGGAAUGCCAAAACCAUUCCAUCUCGAACUCCCACUCCCUCUACCGUCCCACAACUCCCACCAAACCCAAACAGGGACCCAAGACGACGGCAUCCCCAGCGACGACGUCAAACUCAUCGCCAAAUUCAAAACCAGGUAUAACUAUAUCCGCGUUCUCCAAGUUUCUCGAAGGGCCGACCACCCUUUCGCCGGCUCUAGGCUCCUCCUCCUUGAUUCCCCUGGAAACAUCCACAGCAUUUCUUUCCUCUUCAAAUCACUCACCAACACUUAUUUCGACGUUUUCGCCACUCUGCCUCCUAUUUUACCCCCUGGAGCCGUUGGCAUUCUCGGCUUCGGGGCGGGCUCCGCGGCUCGCCUGAUGCUUGAAUUAUACCCAGAUUUGAUAAUCCACGGAUGGGAACUUGACCCAUCUGUGGUUGCAGUUGGAAGAGAAUAUUUUGGCCUUGAAAAGCUUGAAAAACAAAACCCAAAUAGACUUUUCAUUUCCAUUGGAAAUGGAUUGAAAGCUAGCAUUAGAAACGGGUUUGCAGGUAUUUUAGUGGAUUUAUUCAGUAAAGGUAGUUUGAUACCAGAGCUUCAGGAAUCAAGCACGUGGCACAAGUUAAGGAAGAGCCUGAGAAAAGGCGGGAGAAUCAUGGUGAAUGUAGGGGGUAGUUGCGUGGAGGCUGAGGAUGAAGGCAGAGAUGGGAAGAUGGUGAUGGAAGAGACUUUGAAGGCCAUGCAUAGGGUUUUUGGCGACAAGCUUUUUGUAUUGAAUCUUGGGAACCGAAAGGAUGAUGAUAGUUCCCUCGCUUUAACUGGCGAAUUGGCGGUGCCGGAUCGUGAUGCCUGGAAGAAGGGGCUUCCGCGUUCUUUAAAGGGUUACGUUGAUAUGUGGGCUCCAUAUCAGGGCUGAUUCUUGAUGGGAGUAUGCAUUCCGUGUCCGUGAACAUGAAUGCCCAUUUUCUGUUUGUGUUAAUGCCUGACUCAUUUUUAUGGAGGUGAUCAACAUUGAUGUGCCGAUGUUAUCUUCUUGUUUCGCAGGAUGUUUGAAGAAAUGGGUAGAGGAAUGGCCAUCUCUUCUCGCUAAUAAUAUAUACACCUCCGGUUCUUCACUUGCAUACAGCAUUGGAAAACGCCCUGAGACCAUCCUAAUGCUUGGAGUUUCAGUUCUAUUUCUUUUUGAAUAUCUCUAUAAGUCCAUCAACCUUCACACCUCAACAAUAUUCUAUUCUGUUCCAUGUAUGUAUGGUCGAUGAACGUACAUUGUUUUUUCACAAAUGAAACAAAAGAUUUGACUGCUGGAAUUUCAAAUGAGCGGACAUACUUUGUUGUUCUAGGGAAAGGAAGCCUCUUGUUUGCCGAGGCAAUAGGAAGGAAGUUCAUUGUAGCUUUAAAACUCCGAAGGUAUAGUAAUUUUGCCAUGUAUUUGGUAAAACAAAUUAAAGCAUUGACAUGAACCAGUGUGAACACAUUACAUGCUGUCGACUGAUUUUCUGGGUGAAAUGAAACUAGCAUCCGAUGAAAAGUAAA